CACUCAAGGAGUUUUUGUAGCUAGAUGAGGACGAGAGGGCAGUGCAGUUUAGUGCGGCUCUGUGGCACCCUUGCAGUUUCGACUUCGAAGUUUUCCGCUGGCGUGUAUUAUUCUUUAUCGUAACGAUUGUUGUCGAAAACGUGCUUUGUUAUUAAUUUUUUCUAACCGUCUCAAUACGAAAGACCGCGCGGAUGUGUCGUUAGUGUGCACGUGUUCUUUACGCUCGCGCAGUGUUUCGUAAAGAGAAGAGGCCAAGAUACAUACGUACGCGGAACUGCAGCUGAAAGGGAGGAAAAGAGAAGAAACACAACGAAGAAGAAAAGGAAGAAGUAGAAGAUGAGCAAGACGUGCGCCCGCUGCGAGAAAACGGUCUACCCGAUCGAAGAGCUCAAGUGCCUCGACAAGAUAUGGCACAAACAGUGCUUCAAGUGUCAGGGCUGCGGCAUGAUCCUGAACAUGCGGACGUACAAGGGUUUCAAUAAACAGCCAUACUGCGAGGCGCACAUACCAAAGGCGAAAGCCACCACAAUGGCGGAGACGCCGGAACUGAAACGCAUCGCGGAGAACACGAAGAUUCAAAGCAACGUGAAGUACCACGCCGAAUUCGAGAAGGCGAAAGGCAAGUUCACCCAGGUUGCGGAUGAUCCAGAGACCCUGAGAAUCAAGCAGAACAGCAAAAUUAUCUCCAACGUAGCCUAUCACGGUGAACUUCAAAAGAAGGCCAUCAUGGAGCAGAAAAGGACGAUGACUGGUGAAAAUGGCGAACAGAUCGAGUACGUAGAGUACACGGACGGUACGAUCGCGCCUGCAUCAGGCGUGAACGCGAAUCCACCGACCGCUAGAACUGCGAGCUCGCCGGUGCAAAGGACACCAGGUAGGAUCGCCGAUUACGAUCCCCUUAGCGAGGCGAGACCGAGCCCCUAUUCCGCCAGGCAAGCGGCCACCACUGUGAUUUAUACGAGCGACAAGGGACCAGUAACGAAUCCACCGACCAGAAAGAUCGGUUCUGUAGCGGAUAUAGACCCCGUGAACGAAUAUUACGGAUCAUUGACGCCAGCAACGAACAACAAUCACGUACCACAACAUCAACCACCUCCACCACCACCUGCCAACGUUGGGAGAGUGUACAGAGCGAUGUACGAUUACGAGGCCCAGGAUCUCGACGAAGUAAGCUUCUGCGACGGCGAUCUGAUCGUCAAUUGUACGGCCAUCGACGAAGGUUGGAUGACGGGUCUCGUGCAGCGUACAGGUCGACAGGGCAUGCUACCAGCGAACUACGUUGAACCGGCGCAGAUUUAAACGCCACUCCUCCUCUUCCCAGUCCUCAUCGCCUUUGUUUCUAACCAGAUCGAUCACUCGAUCGAGGAAACGGUCUGCACGAGGAAGAUCACGAAAGGCGAGAAACCGCGGCGAGCUUCGAGGAGCGCUCGACGACUUCCGGAAAAGGGAGAAAGAGCGACUCUUUCCUGUCGGCCGAAUUCGCGGCAAACGCGUCUCCGAAAUUCCUCAUCCGAGGGAUCGAGGUGAAAUCGAACGAUGAAAACGAGCCGAUUUCUCGCGACGAUACCGCGACGACUAUCGUGUAUAUCUAAAAAUAAGUUAUGGAAUCAAAGAUUCUUUGUUACGUCGAUCAAAGUGAUUCCUUUCGUACGUCGUGUAAGAUGUUAUCCGAUAAGAAUCGUCGAUCUUCCUUUUCGUACGAUUUGACGAACGAAAGACUCGAUUGAAUAUUUUUUUUUUUUUUUUCUCUCUUUCUCGAACGUUGAGAAGACGAAGAUGAAAUCGUCACAUCGAUGCAAUAUGUUCUCUCCGAGUGCCUGCAAUCGUUUCGCAUUUAAAGUCGAUAAAUUAGAGACAAUUCCACGUUUGGGACCAAAUUUUGAUCGCCACUUUUGCGAACUUCACGAUAGGUGUUUUUUUUUUCGCUCAUAAUAGCAAUUUUAUAUGAUCAAAUAUUUUCCACGGCCGACACGGUGUUUCGUGUUCGUCGAACAGUUUUAGCAUUUUUUUUUUUUCUCGAAAUCAUUCCGUUGCUGUACGAGGAUUCCACGGUAAUGAUGACUUGAUGAUUACGCGGUGAAAAAGACUGGAAGACUCGAUGUUCCUCGUUUUUUAUGUACUUUAUUCGAAACAAGUCGUUGCAUGCGUUUUCAUUUUUUUUUCUUUUUUUUUCUCCCCCCUCUCCUCGCUUGUAACGGUAUGUUGUAACACUUUUGUUUUAUAUCACGUGAACACUUUGCAUUUGCACGCAAGAUGAACGGUUUUGUUUUUAUUUAAAAAUAUUCUUCUGGUCUUUAAGAUUGUAACAAAGGUUCAUCUUCACGCAUCGUUUUUAUCUUUUUCAUUUAAACUUGUUCCAACGAACUAUAUACAAAUUGAAUAUUUAUUUACGAAAGAUUAAAUGAUAGUUGCAAUAUGUUAAAAGACUUGCGUUGGACUUGGACAUCAAGCCAUUCUUGCGUUAUUACGUGUUGUGAUCCGAGAAGAAACAACGAUGUGCCUUAUAUAUAUAUAUACGUAGAGGACAAUCUUUCUGCGAAGUUUUUUAUCGAAAAUUUAGAAAAAAAUGUAAAAAAGAAAAAAAAAGAAGAAGAAGAAAAAGAAGAAAGAUAUAUUUGUAAUUGUAUACACGAUCAAUGUUAUGUAUCAUCAAGGGAAACGUAGAAGAAAAACUUCACAUCGCGAAAGUGAAUCUAGUUAGGACUAUAAAAUGAAUGAUGAAGAAAUAUAAUGUAAUUGUUGAUAGGAAAGUUUCGUUACACUUGCCUUGCUCGAUCCGAUGCGUUUCGAACUGAAAGCAACGAUCGCUGGAAACAUUUAUUACCGUUUCUCUUUGUCCAAUUAACGACAUUAACCGACAUUUACCUGGGAUAGUUGUUAAGUUUUAUCAUGCAAGAUAUGCCUGUAUUAAAAAAAUGCUUCUCUCUCGGCUUUCUACGAUCCUUUCAGUGCUGUAUCAAUAAUUCAUUUGAACGCAAAAUGAUGAGAAUUUCAAUUGGAAAUUUCACAUUAGUUAUAUUAUUAGAUACAACCAAAACAAUUUUUUAAUCUUUAAUUUUAUUGGAUCGUAAGAUAAAGGAGAAUAAAUUUUAACGUGUCGUAACGAAACGUACGUUUUUCAAUUGUACAUAAUGUAACAAAGUAUUAUAUAUAUUAUAUAUAUAUAUAUAUUUAGCUAGUAUAUAUUAAUUGUAAUUAAUUGUUACAAAUUUCAUUUAUAUUUACAGAAAUGUUAAAUGCUGUUUGAGAUUGUAACAAUUUUAUAGGGGUUGUCCCAAGAGGACGAUUUCCAAUUUUUCUAAGCAAUUUAUCCUUUUAAUUAACAUGUACAGUUGAAUAAAAUGCGUUUCAUAAUUUCUGUUUAAUUAAGAAGGAGAGAUAUAAUAUGAACAACAGUACUGAAAGGAUCGAAUCGCUUUUUACGAACAUUAAAUAGCGUCUUGCCGAAAUCUAAAACUAAAUCGUUCUUCACGAUGGUUUCGAUUUUACAAAUAGCUUUAUACCUUCCUGACGUUCGGUUAAUGUACAGAUAAUAUAACGAGAAAAUUCGAUGUACAGGGUGAUUCACAACGCAUUGUUAUAAAUUUAAAUAAAAUAAGAAUUUACAUAUUUUAUUUUAUUUGCUAAUAAAACGAUUAUUUUAUAUUUGAAACAUAUUUUAAUGCAAUAAAAUCAUAUAAUAAAUAAGGUAUAAUAAUUUUAACAUAGUAAUUUAAUUAAUAAUUAAUAAUUUUAAUUAAUAAUUUUAAAAUACAUUAAAUUAAUAUUGUCGAAGUAUAGGAAAUCAAUGAUUUUUGAUAUAUCAACAAAAGAAUCACCUUGUAUAACGGAAACAUCUCAUUACCGUUACGGGGAAUAACCACGCCCCAUUUUCCUUCUCUUUUCUAUUUCAUCCCUUUCCUUUUAUCACAAUUCCAAAUUUUCUCUUUUCUGUUGAAAAUUUGGUUCCUCGGAUACAAACUAUAUCUAUUAUAUUGUAUUUACCUGAGUAGGAGAAUAGGAGGAAUUUAUACGUUAUACAUGUAAAAGAAAUAAAUAGAAAUAAUAUUGUUAUGUACACGUGCGUGAUCGGGCGUGUGCGAUGUCGUUUGACUUUUCGUGAUAAACCGCGAGGAGAUAUAUUCAUAUUUUUGGAAAUAUGUUAGCAUUAUUAUUAAUAUAAUAAUAAUAAUAAUAAUAAUUAUUAUUAUUUCCCCUUUUGUAAUUAUUAGAACACCGAUAAGUCGAAUUAUCUAAGAUUUAUAAUUGAGGAAUCAUACAGAAAUAUACAUAUAUGGUAGCGUUGUUUAAAAACAAAUAUUAUUAUAUUAUGAUAUGAGAUUAUAAAAAAUGAAUAUGUUAUGUAAA